AUGUCACAAAAAACGCAAGAAUUAAAGAAUUUGGGGGCCGACGUGGCUAACGGCGGCUCCAACCAUGCUGUAGCACAUGCAACGGCGGCAGCCCUCCCGGCACUUCCUGACGCGGCUGCAGAGCUCUUGGGUCAGGUGGACCUGCCUGCCUCCGCUGCCGGUAUCCGCCUGGAGUCGACCCCCCCAGCGGCUGUUUCAACGCCGCCUCCCACGGCGCCUGUCCCUGAUGGUGCCGUGGGAGAUGUUAAGGAUGACCGGGCUGCAGCUGCAGAGUCUGCGGCAUUCGAGCAGCCCUGCUCUGCCCCAGUAUCGGAAAGCGACGAGUUAGCAACAGGGCAGUCCGCACGCCAUGAGGGUAACGCACACCUUAUUGCGACUGUCGAGCCGGCUGACUUUGUUUCUGCGGGUGAAAUGGCCGAGCCUUCGUCAACCGCGAUGCCAGGGGUGGCCCCGGCUGAGCAAAUCGCUGAUUCAUUGCAGCCCUCCACCUCCACACCAGGACGGCUGCAAGGUAUCGCUACUGCAGCCGGAGCGGGUGAAGAGUGUUCAGGGGCGGCUACAGAUGCUACCUCUGCCGCCGCGUUGGCAGAACGCGAUGCCCAGCUUGUGGAGCUUCGUGCGGAGGUGGAGCGCCUACGCCAUGAGGUGGCGGAAGUAGGCGCUAGCAAGGCAGAGUUGGCGGCGCAUGUGGCCAGACUGUCUUCGGAGCGUGAGGCACUGGAGGCUGAGGUGCAGCAGCUAAGAGAGCAUUUGGAGGAGCGCGCAAAAGCGCAGGCUGCGGAGGCCGCCUCAGCUGCGGAGGCGGAACUGGCGCGACAGGCGCAACUUGCGCUCGUGGCGGAGCUGGAGGAGCUGCGGGAGCUGCAGCGGAAGACAAAGGAGGAGCUGUCACACUGGGAGGCGCUGCACAGCGAUCUGCGGGCGGAGCUGGAGUCCAAGGAUCGAGAGCUGGCGGCUGCUUCCGCUGCGGUGGAGGAGCUUCAGCAGCUGAGGCAGCAGCUGGGGAACGAGGAUGUCGGCAGCCUGGUGGCGCGGGCGCAGCAGGCGUCCGUGUUGGAGGUCAAGUACGAGAAGCUGAAGGAGGAGGGCAAGGUGCGGUUCGAUAAGCUGAAGGAGCAGAGCAACCACCGCAAAAUCGAGCUUGCGGAAGCAAGGCAGCAGCUGCUAGCCCUUGCUCAGGAGAAGUCAGAGCUGGAGGCUAAGUUGCAGGCGGACUCCGCAAAUGCAGAGAGUGCUGCUGCGCAGCUGCAGCAGCAGCUGGCCGACGUCGUCGCCGAGCGCGAUCAAUUGCGGGUGGCUGUUGGUCGGGUUCCGGAGUUGGAGGUGCUCACCCGCGAACUGCAGGCGGCGCUCUCAGCAGCGCGAGACGCUGUGGCAGCGGCAGAACUGGCAGCGCACACGGAGGCAGAGCGCCGAACGGCGGCAGAGGCAGCGCUGGCGGACAUUGAGGCGCGCCGCAGCGAUGACGCAGCAACUGCUUCAGCACUGCGGGCGCAGGCGGUUGCCCAGGCGGAGGGCCGGGCAGCGCAGCUGGAGUCUGAGCUGGAGAGCGCACACCGGGCCGCAGCGGAGGCAGCAGCGAAGGUGGCGGACUUGGAGCCUUUGGUGGCUGAGUGCGCUGCGUUGCGCACUAACAUUGUAGCACUGGAGGCGAAAGCUGCUGCGCAGGUGUCAGAGCUGGAGGGGGAGGUGCAGCGGCUCACGGAGGCGUGCGCGAUGCAGCGUCGGGAACUGGAUGACGGUGCUGCAGCAGCCGAUACCCUGCAGCAGCAGUUGGCAGAGCUGCGUGUUGAGUUGGCAGCGAGGGAGGAUGCAAAAGCAGCGGCAGCUUUGGCGGUGGCCGCAGCCGAAUCGGCAGCAGAGGAGCGCCACGAGGCUGCGAUAACAGAGUUGAAGGCGCGUGUGACAGCGUUGGAGGAGGAUUUAGGCCGCACUGUCGAUGAACUGGGCAAGGAACGGGCGCAGUUGGCGAAGGGGAAGGCGGCGUUCAAGAAGGCAAAGGAGGAGAACCAACGGCUGAAAGAGGAGCUGGCCAAGGUUAGGGAGGACAUCGCGGUGGUUAAUGCGGCCUCAGCAGCAGCAACUGAUGCGGCGGCAGAGGAGCGGGCAACGGCCCUUAAGUGGGCGGCCGAGAUGGAAGACAUGAAGUCGAAGCUGGCGGAGGCGCGAACUCACGCGGAUGAGCUGCAGCAGCGGUUGCAGGCUGCAGAGGCGUCCGCUGCUGAGCUCCGGGCACAGGUGGAGACGCUGAGCUCAGAUAACGAGCAGCUCCAGCAGCAAUACAGCGAGCAGAUGGAGUCGCAAGACCAGAUGGAGGCCAAGAUCAUCCAGCAGGCAGCCGAAAUUAACAACCUGCGGACCCAGCUGCAGGAGAGCACAGACAAGCUCGGCGCGCUCGCGUCACAGUCGGCGGCGGCACAGCAGGUGGCUGAGGCGGCAGCAGCAUCGCGUUCGGAGGCCGAGGCGCGCAUUGCCGAGCUGGAGCAGCGCGUCGCUGACGCCGAGGCGCUGGCGGAGGCACGGGCGGCCGGGCUGGCGGAGGCGCAGGCUGCGGCGGGUCAGACGCAGUCCGAGGUGGCGGAGCUGCGGAGGGCGCUCGCGGAAGCGGAAGCCCAGGCGGGUGAGCUGCAAGCAGCGGCAGCGGCACAUGAGAGCCAGGUUGCCCGCCUCACACAGCAAUUGACGGAGGCGCAGGACUUAAUGGAGUUGCAGCGAACAGUGCAGGAGGACGCGGUGGCAGCUCUGGAGGCGACGCUCAAGGAGGCGGAGGCCAAGGCUUCUGCAGCAUGGGCGGAGGCGGAGGCAGUUCGGGAGGCGCUUGCUACAGCCGAGGCGCAGCUGAUCGAGUCACGUCAGGGCCAGCAGGUGGCAACGGAACUGCAGUCGCGCGUGGGAGAGCUGGAGGCCAAACUGUCUGAGCAGUCGAGUCGUAUGGCGAUAGCUAAAUCCCAAUACGGGAAAAUAAAGCAGGAGAAGGCCAACCUCAAGGAGCGGGUGGCGGAGUUGGGCGCCCAGGUAGAGGCGCUGAAUGGCGCCAAAGCAACACUAGAGGAGCAGCUGGCUCGGGCGCAGCUUGCAGACGCCAACUACCCGCCAAAGGUGGCAGCUGCUGACGCGGACACCUCGAGCCAGGUGGAGCAUCUGCAGGAGCGAUGCGGGGAGCUCAUGAUAGCCGCCGACUUGCUGCAAUCCCAGCUCGACGAGGCGCAAGCAGCCGCUCAGGCUGCGCAACAGCGCAUCAGUGCUGUCGAGGCGCAGCUGGCGUCCGAGGCAGAGCGUGCUGCGGUAUUGGACUUACAGCUGGGUGAGGCACGAGAGGUGCAAGGGAGGCUGCAAACGGAGCUUGAGGCCGCACGCACUACACAGCAGGCUGAGAUGGAGGCGCGUGAAGCAGCAGAAGCAGAUGCGGAGGCGGUUCGAAAUCGGCUCGAGUCGACUCGUGAGCAGGUCGCUGCACUGAAGGAGGUUGUGAGCGACCAGCAGGAGGAGAUUGGAGAGCUGCAGCGCAAAGUGGAAGAGACGACGACGACGAUGAAAGCCACACAAUUGGAGCUGGAGCAGGCGCGAGCUGAGGCUGAUGGGCUGCGGGCAAGGCUACAGGAGGCGAGGGCCGAAACAGUUGCGCGGACAGCCGAGGUAAGCCAGUUGCUUGAGCGCACAGAAGGUUUGCAGCAGGAGGUGACGGAGCUGCGGACGCAGCUAUCCACUACACGGGAGGCAAGGGGAGAGGAGGUCCAGGCUCUUCAAUGGCAGCUGGAGGCGGCACAGCAGGUGGCUGAGGCGGCAGCAGCAUCGCGUUCGGAGGCCGAGGCGCGCAUUGCCGAGCUGGAGCAGCGCGUCGCUGACGCCGAGGCGCUGGCGGAGGCACGGGCGGCCGGGCUGGCGGAGGCGCAGGCUGCGGCGGGUCAGACGCAGUCCGAGGUGGCGGAGCUGCGGAGGGCGCUCGCGGAAGCGGAAGCCCAGGCGGGUGAGCUGCAAGCAGCGGCAGCGGCACAUGAGUCGAGCACGGUAGCGCUGCGCUUGGAGGCGUUGGAGACAUCUGCCGCACUGGAGGCAGCACGCCAGGAGCUUGUUGAGUCUCAGCAUUCGGGCCAAGAGGCCAGAGCCGAAGCAGCACAUCUGCGCACUCUGCUGGAGGAGGCAAUUGCGGCGUCCGCCAGGGCGUCUGACUCGGCGGGCGACCAGGCUGCAGCAGAAGCGCGUACAGCUGAGCUGGCCGCCGUACAAGCUGCUUUGGAGGAGGCCAGAUCUGAGGUGGCCGCGCUGCAGCAGGCGCUAGCGGACGCGGAGGCGCACUCAGGUGAGCUUCGAGCGGCGGUGACAACGCGGGAGGCCAACAUUGAAGCCCUUCACAGAGAGGUCGCCCUGGCCACCUCCCAUCUUGAGGAGGCCCGCCGGCAACUGGAUGCCGUGCAGCACUCGGCAAGGACAGCGGCGGAAGACACGGCAGCCGAGAUCCGCGAACUGCAGCGGCAGCUGGAAGAGGUGCGAGCGGCAUCAUCAUUAGUUGUCGCCCCUUCGGCUGCAGUGUCUGGGCAGGUGACGGAAGCCACGGCGGCAGUUGACGAGGCGGAGCGUCUACAAGCGGCGUUGGCGGAUGGGGGUUCCUGGGAUGCAAACGAGCUGGGUGGCAACAAUCCGGGGGACGCCGAGGCUAGUUCGCACAGGGUAACGGGGUCCGCCGAUAGCAGUGAUCACCAAUCUACGGCAGUUCCCGAGAGGGCGCAGGCCGAGCCGGCGGCGCUGGAAGCACAGACAUUACGUGAGGCGCUGGAAGCCUCGCAGACUAGGGUUUCAGAGCUUGAAGGGCGGGUCUCCGAGUUGCAGGCGGAGCUGGAGGAGGCCCAGGCGGCAGCAAUGGAUGCCGGCGAUGCAGUGGACCGCUGCGAGCUGCUGCAGGAAGCGUGCAAGACGCUGCGAGUGCAGCUGGAGGAGGCGCAGCUGCAGCUGACGGUCGCGGAUUCAGACCUGCAGGCGCAGCUGGAGGAGGCGCGAUCCGCCGUUGACCAGCUCUCUGCCAGGGUGACUGAGAUGGAAACGCAACGCCACGAGCUGGAACAACUACUGGAGCAGGCGCAGGCGCAGCUCUUGCAAAGUCAGGGUCGCGAAGCGGAGGCCCAGGCUGCGGUGGAGGCCCUGCGGGUGCAGCUGUUGGCAGCCGACACCAGCGCAACAAAGCAGCUCAUCACCCUUCAGGAGCACCUGCGACAUUCAGAGGAGCGCCUGCAACAUGCGGAAUUAGAAAGGGAGGCGGCGAUGCAAUCUGCUGCCGCAGCCGCGACGAGCCAAGCUGAGGUGGUAUCAGCGCUGCAAACGGAGGUGGCAAGCUUGCGUUUGACCGCGGAAGCCGCGGUGGAGCGCGAGGCAGCUGCAACAGCGGCGGUGCAGGCUCUCCGACAGGCUGCAGAGGCGGCACGCGUGGCGGAUGAUGAGCUGCAAUCCCAGCUACACGAGUCGCACGAGACCCGGACAAAGCUUGAAGCAGACGUAGAGGUUCUCCGGAGUCAGCUGGGGGAGUUGCGUGACGGCAACAUGCACUUGUUGUCGGAGCUUCGGGAGACCCAGUCAGCUCUGGACUCGGAGCGGGUGCAGCUGGCAGCAGCGGUGCGGCGUGCAGAGGAGCUGGAGCAGCGGCUGGCUGCAGUGGCGCGGGACCAGGAGCAGGAGCUAGCUGCAGAGGUGGCUUCUGUAGCAGUGGGUUGCAGGACUGCUGAGGCAGAGACCGCACGAGCUGCGGCGCUGGAGCAACGGAGCGCAGAACUUGAGGAGUACAUCCAGGGCCUGCAGGCCCAGCUAACGGAUGCCGCAGCAGCAUCCCGCUCGCUGGCUGAGGCACAGGGGGCUGUGGAUCAACUGCGAAGGCAACUGGAAGAGACGGUCAGGCAGGGGGCUGCGUCAUCGCAGCACGCACAGCGCUUAGAAACGGCCGUUCAGGAACAGCGAGCUCGAAUUGGCGCCUUAGAGCAGCAGCUGGCAGCUUCCCAUGAGCAGCUACAACAGGCCCAGAUGCAGAUUCGACAGCUUCAGCAGCAUGUGCACGGUGAUCACCAGGGCGCACCUGGUCCAUCCUCUGAACAAGUCGCGGCGCUGCGGGGGGCGCAUGAGCAGCUGCAGCAACAGCACGCGGCAAUGACGGCGGAGGUGGAGAGGUUGCGCAGUAUGGCGGCAGGGGCGGCCACUGGGGAAAAUGCAGGCGGGGCAGCAGCGGUGGUCGAGCUGCGGCGGCAGGUGAUGGAGCUGCAGAACGAGCGAGUGGGACUAGUGUCGAGGGCCAACCAGGUGGAUGGUCUGCUGGCGGAGGUCGAGACGCUCCGACAGACCCGCACACAGCUGGAAAUGGCCCUCCGUGCGGAGCAACGCCGCAACCAGCAGGCGGCUGUGGGCAUCAUCGUACCGCCCGGCUUAAGCAGCCCGGCAAGCGGCACUGGGGUUGGCUCGUCCAACACUGGCAACCCGGGGGCGGCAGCUGAUAAGAAGCGCGACGAAAUGGCCUCGCAGUUGGCAGGGGUGUACGACCCGGAAAAUGCAGUGCUGCAGGGGGCGUCCACCACCUUCCAGCCCCUCUCGGGGCUGCUCAGAGGGAACUGCCCGCCCUUCGCAGCCAACAUUCUUGGCGCGGCGACGACGAAUCUAAGGACGAUCAGCGUGUUCCUGGCGGUGUGA